GAAUUUUAAAUAAAUAUACCCACCAUAUAUGCAUGUAUAUAUACGUAUAUACUUAUAUAUAUAUAGUGUAGUGUAUACAUCAUUGUAAACUCCGCCUGUUCUUCUCGAUAAAAGUCUCUCCGUAUGUUUGAGUCGCAGAUCGAACAUCAAUCUCAAGCAGUCUCGUACGUCUUUCAUCUCUUGCCGCAUAUAUAUUUCUGAAUCGAAGGCAAGGAACGAUGUCGGUCUAUGAAUCGGAUCAGACUUCAAGCUUCCACAUAUUCAACCCCGAACCCCAAACGCAAAUCCAAACGCAAACGCUCCAUGCAGGUACGCAGCCGCUGCGGCCGCAACAAUUGGGCCGACAAAACUCGAUUCUGUCGCUGACCCUCGACGAGAUCCAGACCAAGAGUGGCAAAAAUUUCGGCGCUAUGAACAUGGACGAGUUCCUCGCGAACAUAUGGACCGUCGAGGCCUCGAAUGUGGAACCCGCGUCCGCAAACGCAAACGCUACUGCAGCGACCAGCGAGACAGUGCCGUACUCAGUUCUUGCGCGACAGGGAUCCUUGUCGGUUCCUGUCCCAUUGUGCAAGAAAACUGUCGACGAAGUCUGGUUCGAGAUACAAAACAACAUGCACCAUCAUCAUCAGCCACCAUCUUCAUCAGAUCGUAACAAUCCCGACGAGGAAGACGAGAUUCCACGUCAGCAAACGCUCGGCGAGAUAACGCUCGAAGACUUCCUCGUAAAAGCCGGGGUCGUGCAAGAACCGUUGAAGACAGCAAUGGUAAUGACGGCCACGACAACCGGUUUUGGUAACCCGGAAUUCGGAGUUGGGAUACCGGCUCAGAACCCAAACGGUUAUAACGAUAACCGGCCGGUUUACUCUGUUUUGGGUGAAUCGUCAAGUGGUGUACCGGGUAAUGUGUCGAGUUCCGGCCGGUUUUUGACCGGUUUAGAUGCGUUUCGUAUCAAGAAACGUAUAAUAGACGGUCCGCCCGAAGUUUUGAUGGAGCGGAGACAACGACGAAUGAUAAAAAACCGAGAAUCCGCGGCAAGAUCCCGAGCCCGAAAACAGGCAUACACUGUGGAGUUGGAGUUGGAAUUGAACCAACUCGUAGAAGAAAACUUGAAGUUAAAGAAAAUUGUGGAGGAAAACGAGAAGACAAGGAGGCAAGAGGUGAUGAACAGGAGCAACCAAAUUAUAAGGGAGAAGAAGGGAGACAAGCUAAGGAGGAUCCGCAGGAUGGUUAGUACAGGGUGGUAGACGUGAUUUGCAUUACAUGCCAUUAUUCAUAUAUAUAUAUAUAUAUAUAUAUAUAUAGAGAGAGAGAGAGAGAGUAUUGAAUAUAUACAUAUAUCUAUAUAUAGUAUUGAAUAAUCACCGUGUAUUGUAUUCGGGACAUAUUUAUAUAUAAAUUUGUUCUCUAAUUAAGUUUUAUGCUUUGUU